GAAAACCAAAAAGAGAGAUUUUGAUUUCAGCAGGUCCUGGCACACCCUGCUGGAACCUAGCCACUGCCCCGUUGGUGGAAAUGGCCCAGUACCUGAGUGAUGACAAGGAUGAAGGAGAUAAGAGGAACGUGCUUGGUGUUGAGUUGACAUGUGGUGUCUGUAUGGGAUUUUACCAGGAGCCAGUGCGUCUGCCCUGUGAGCACAGCUUCUGCAAAGUCUGCAUUGACCAGGUCUUUGAGAAUGUGGAGCCAGAAUCAGAUUACCGCUGCCCCAUCUGCAGGCAGUCCUACCAGAGCAAGCCAAAGAUGACCAAGCACCUAGUCCUGGUCAGGCUGGUGGAGGCCUACAACAAGAUGAUGCACAGGAAAGAGUGUCCCACCUCCUUGGAGGAGGUGGAAGAUUCCCACACUGCUGUCGAAAGCAGCCUGGGAGGGAGAACCUGCCGGAUUCACUCUGGGGAAGAGUUGACUCAUUUGUGCUUCAAGGAAUGGGUGCUGCUAUGUCCCUUGUGUGUAUCGAGUGAUCACCAUGUGAACCACACUGCCACCCCAUUGGUUCAGGUCACCGAAGACUGGAAGAAAAUGCUGCCAAAUAUUGUUGAAAGUCUGGAAGAAAACCACGCAAAGUUGUCUGUCCAGGUCAUGCAGUACGCGGAGCUGGAGGAGAAGGCAAAGGUGGAGAUUGCUGAUGCCAAGGACAGGGCAGAAGGUCAGAUUGACCGCCUGAUCGAGUUCCUGCAGAACGAGAAGGAGCGGUUAAUGAUUGACAUGCAACACGUCGGGAAUGACCACCUCGAUUCCAGCCACGGCCUCCAGGCGCAGGCCACGCACAGGCUGGAACACUGCGAGGAUACCAUCCAAUCGUUACGGGAGGCAUCCAGGCUUCGGGACAACUUCGAGUUUGUCAGAAUUGUGGUACAGUCUGCCAUCUAGAGGCUGAAUGCGGAAUGAACCUUGUAUCAUGUCACGUGGAAUCAGGGAAUGGCAACAGGAGUCCAUUCUGUCCAUCAGGCCAUGCCAGCCGGUGACUCCUCCAGUCUCUCCCCUGCAGGUCUGCAAAUCUUUCCUCUUGGGAUAAUGAUCUAAUUGUCUAACCUGCGAAUCCUAACCACUCAAUUCAUAAAAACAGAUUUUCCACAUGCUGCUAAUAUUCAAAGUUUGGGAGAAGAUUUGUAG